AUGAAUUCGAAAAAUUAUUAAUAGGUUUACUCACAAGAUUAUUAGCCAGAAAUAGAAGAAAGAGUUCAAAAUUUAUCUACUAUGGAAUUUAAGUGGUUAAAUAUAUUAAAAAAAAUACCUAAGGAUGAUUUAGAAGCAUUAAAAAAACAAUUUGAAAAGCAAUAAAUUUCAUUAAAGGAAAUUCAAAAACAAAGCGACAAACAAAAAAUUGAAGAGAAAUGA